AUGAAUGAGGAGGACCUGAAGAUGUUGCGGAGUGAGGAGGAUGCGGAGCCGAUAAGAUUCUCACCAUGGGUUAAUUCGCAGGGACAGUUCCAGCGCCUUGUACAAGAUGAGCGUGAACGCGACACCGACGCCGUUUUAGAAUCCUCUCCUUCAGGCAGACCGCUGCCAACAGCCCGAGCAGACGCGCCACCGCGCGCGAAAGAGGCUGAGGAAAUUGCACCUAUGCGCAACAGCUCAGUCUCUUCUGCCUCUUCGACCUCGUCCUCAUCCACCACGCGAACGCCUCAAUUAGAAGAGAUUAGGACACAGAAUGCGUCUUCUGCACGGGGGAGGAGAGACACCAUGUCGAGCGCGGGAGGAGCAUCUGGUAUACUUUAUCGGCACCCAACCGAGAGGCAUCCCGAGGCCAUCAGCCGUAUCGAAACGCACCGGUCGCAGCAUGCCGGCACGGUUGGUGCCAGGCCGACACCAUCGCGUUUAACGAAGACACUCAGCCGUCGCAAGACUGAAAAGCCGCUUUCAGAAAUGGGAGCGAACAAGCCGUAUCCCCCUCCGCUACCUAACCGUGAAGAAUACGUUGUGGAAUUUAUGGGUGUGGACGACCCAUUACAUGCUCAGAAUUGGCCCAUGAAGAAAAAGCUCGGUAUAGCUUCGCUGAUGGCGUAUCUGUCUUUGGCCGUGACCAUGGGGAGUAGUAUCUUUAGUCCGUCGACGGAGCCUGUCGCGGAAGAGUUCGGCGUUAUUGCUGAGGUCACAACAUUGGGAACGAGUUUGUUUGUGUUCGGGUACGCGUUUGGUCCACUGAUAUGGGCCCCGAUGUCUGAAUUGUACGGUCGCAAACUUCCAUUGCUAGUCGCCUCAUUCGGCUUCUCCGUGUUCAGUAUCGCGGUUGCCGUGGGUAAAGAUCUCCAGACCGUCCUCAUCUGCCGCUUUUUCGCCGGGUUAUUCGGAGCAUGCCCGUUGAGCGUUGUCGCUGCUGUGUACGCCGACAUGUUCAAUAAUAUACAGCGUGGUCUUGCUAUCGGUGCCUUUAGUGCAACCGUGUUCAUGGGGCCGAUGCUCGCACCAUUCAUCGGCGGCUUCAUCGUGACAAGCCAUCUUGGGUGGAGGUGGACCAUGUACAUUUCUUCGAUAAUGGGCUGGCUUGCGUUCGCUCUGAUAGUCUUAUUCAUGGAAGAGACGUAUCCUCCGCAGAUCCUUGUUGGUAAAGCUGCAGAGCUACGAAGACGAACCAUGAACUGGGGCAUCCACGCCAAACAAGAGGAAAUCGAGGUCGACGUCAAGGAGCUCAUCGUCCGCAACGUGAGUAGGCCGUUGCGCAUUCUAUUCACUGAACCCAUCGUUUUGCUGAUCACGAUCUACAUGUCUUUUGUUUACGGCAUCUUAUACUGUUUCCUCACUGCAUAUGCACUCGUCUUUGAAGGGAAAUACCACUUCAGCCCGGGUGUGUCUGGCCUGACAUAUUUCGGUCUGGUUGUUGGGGUAAUGCUCGGAUUCGCUGCCAUGGCCGCCAUGAACCCGUCUUACGCGCGGAAGCUCCAGGCGAAUAACAACAUUCCCGUUCCGGAGUGGCGACUGCCUCUUGCGAUGAUGGGUGCACCCGUAUUUGCUGGCGGCCUUUUCUGGUUCGGCUGGACAGGCUACACCGGCCGCGUCCUCUGGGUUGCGCCUGUCUUCUCUGGCAUCUUCACCGGAUUCGGCAUAUGGACCAUCUUCCUCGCGCUGCUGAACUACAUCAUCGAUGCGUAUCUUAUGUUUGCUGCUUCUGCGGUUGCAGGGAAUACGUUCAUGCGAUCGCUCUUUGCGGGUGCGUUUCCUCUCUUCGCAACAUACAUGUUUAAUAACAUGGGAAUCGAAUGGGCCUCUACGCUCCUCGGCUGCGUAGCCCUGCUUAUGGUCCCCAUGCCCUUCCUCUUCUACAUGUAUGGCAAGAAAAUUCGCGCCAAAUCCACCUUCUCUCCUGCGCCGGACAUCGCGCAGGAUAAGCGGAGGGAUGAGGAGGCAAGGUUGGGAGCAGAUGGUGAGAUCGGGAGCAUCACACAGGGUAGUGAUGUAGAGCAUAUGCAGAAGAAGAAGGAAGAGGAGGAAAAAGGAGAGAUGCCGAAUGGGGAUUUGAAUACAAAUGAGCAGAGGAAAGAGAGGGGUAAUAAGAGACACGACAAGACGGUUGGGAAGACGAGGAAAGAGGCUUGA